GGCGUUGUUAGGCUCGACGGGUUUUCAAACAUUUUGGGUACUAUGUGAGCACCCCAAAUAGCACACGAUCAGGCCCUCAAAAUGGCUACCGAAUCCAUGGCGGCACUUUUCCCCAACCGACCCAUCCGGCCGCUGCCCAAGCGGCGGCUGAGAGAGCGUCUGUCCCCUGAGGUUGCCGAUUCGAUUCAAUAUCCGCCACUCCCGCAAAGCACAGCACCCGUGUUCCAGUACCCAUAUUCGCUGAUAGAGGAGCAUUCCGAUCCUAUCUCAGUGCAUGCCCGCGGAAACGAAUCAUAUCUCGAGCAGCGGCAACAACAGGAGACUGGAUUGGGUAACGACCGUGACGGAAACAAACCUACAACUGGGAAAGGUGUUGCAGGACAGGCGGGCCUGCAACAUCCAAACCUUGCGACACGUUCGAAAUCAGACCAUGGGCGAUAUUCAGAUUCGCUACCGCUCUCAUCGACACCGGCUUCAGCUGAUCCGUACGACCCCUUUGAGAAUACUAAUAAUAAGAAGAGGAAGAUCCCGACCGCCGGUGACUCUGCCCUGAGCGGAGCCCAUGCUGGGACAGAUUCUGUUACGGGAACGGGCACUCCGGUCACAGGUGCUCAUUCCGUCGAGGGUGGAGGUGAGGCGUCGAAUUCAACAUGCACGCCUUGUCACAGCGCUGGAAGCUUCGCGUCAAAUGUGCACAAUGUUCCUGGACCUGGACGAGGUAGGUAUGGCCGGCCCAGGAGCAACAGAAACACGCAGCGACCGACGUACGACUCAACUACUGGUUGGACCGGUACCGGGAGGGUCAGCAGGUCGCGCGCGGUUCCGUUGGGCAAUGUGACAAGUGAAAGCACUGGAAUCAUCUCGAAUGCCAUCGCCAAUGCAGAAAAGCUUCCCCCACACCAGGGGCAGGAGAAUAUCAGUCUCUUACAGCAGCAAUCCGCCCAGAAGCGCAGCGCAGCCUCGACGCAGUUCACAUUCACAUGCGACUCUCAGGUGCCUGGAUCGUUGGCUUGGCCCGGGAUGCCGCCGCAUCAGCCAGCCGCCGUGGGCCAAGGCAGAGAGAACUGGCCUCGUCCUUCUCAACCCAGCCAUGCUGGACAGUCUUCACAGGAAACAGGCCAAGGCGCCGAUUCCCGAGCCAGGGAGACGGCGUCCAGAGCUGGGGUCGCUGGCAAAGACCAACAGCCAGCCCCGCCCCAGAAGAGCACGCGUAGAAGUGCUACGAAAGAAUAUCUGGCGGCGGCGAGGGCCCGUCGCCGACAAACUCAGCUCCACAACAAACGGCACCCGCCUAAACCCGAGGAUAUCUGGAUUUGCCACUUCUGUGAGUACGAGGCUAUCUUCGGACAUCCUCCGGAGGCCUUGGUUCGGCAAUACGAGAUGAAGGAGCGCAAGCAACGGCAGUUGGAAGAGCAACGGAAAGCUCACUUGCAGCGGUUGAAGAAGGGGAAGAACAAGGGGAAGAAAAACAGCAAGCUUCCAAAGGCGAGUAGCACCGCUCAAGAUUCUCUUCAUCCCGCGUACAACCAUGGAGCGUCAGGAGAUCAGUACGACCACGGAAGUCAAGGCGAGGGUUAUUAUGACGACGACGAGUAUUACGAGGACGAGGAGUACGUCAUGGAAGAGGAGGUAGCCGCUGAGGACGGGGAUGACAUUCCGGAACCGUUGCCGGAUGUUCCAACCAAUCCGGGCGGCACCACGGCUGUCCGAGAUGGAGGUGGGACGUAAGCCCGGGUCCACGGUGUUAGUGCAUGUUAGGCUCGCUGGGCGCCCCCGAACCUCCAUGCCGUACAGAUACAAGCAUCUACAUCUGAUA